AUGGAGUCAGAACUGAUAGCGGAAACGACGCGUGGAAGACUUGCAGGAAGCCAGAGAUGCCGAAGUUUGGAUUUACUUCUUGCUCCGGGAAUAAAUGCAGGACGCUUUGCAAGCCAGGCUAUUUUACUAUCGGCGGGCGAGACAAGUCCAAAUGCAAAAGUAAUGGUUUCUGGAAUCACCCUCUUCCGGACUGCGAAACCUGCUCGAUGCCUGAAAUCCAAUCGCGCCCCGGUCUCGAUUCCUACUGCACAGUCGAUGAACGGCGAGGCCGGACGACGUGCAAAUUAUCGUGCACUAAUGGAAACAAAAUUUACGGACGGCUCUCCAGGCCCGUAG